AUGACGAUCAUGGAAGAAGAAAAUGUUCCUGCAACCACUUAUUUAAAAGCUAUGUUGUUGGCAAAUAUGUUUCUUCUUCUCCUUGUGUCGGUGAAGGCAAAAGGAAGAGAGGAUUUGCAGGUUAACCGGCUGGAAACACAAAUAUGGAUAAAACCAGACAUACAGAAGACAGAUGUGGACUUUUCAGAAAUUCUUAAUGCAAUACAAGAAAUAGCUAAGGAUGUCAACAUUUUUUUUGAUGAGUUAGAAGGUGUGAACAGCCCUUCCAAAGAUGAUGACUCCCUGCUUCACCAUGGUAACUUGACCAGUACUUCUGAUGAUGCCAGCAGGUUGGAAGUUGUGGGAGAGGAAGUACCUGAUAAGAACAAAACCAAUGGACUAUAUUUUAGAGAUGGGAAAUGUCGGAUUGACUACAUCCUGGUGUAUAGAAAAUCCAAUCCACAGACAGAAAAGAGGGAAGUAUUUGAGAGAAACAUAAGAGCAGAAGGAAUUCAAAUGGAAAAAGAGUCAUCUCUAACAAACAGCGACAUCAUCUUUGUGAAGUUGCAUGCCCCUUGGGAGGUCCUGGGCAAAUACGCUGAACUAAUGAAUGUAAGAAUGCCUUUCAGGAGAAAAAUCUAUUACCUGCACCGCCGAUACAAGUUCAUGAAUAGGAUCGAGAAACAAAUAAGCAGGUUUCGAGGAUGGUUGCCUAGAAAGCCAAUGAAACUGGACAAGGAGACACUGCCAGAUCUGGAGGAGAAUGACUGCUAUACUGCUCCAUUCAGCCAACAAAGGAUCCAUCACUUUAUCAUACACAACAAAGAUACUUUCUUCAAUAAUGCUACAAGAAGUAGAAUUGUACACCAUAUCUUACAAAGAGUGAAAUACGAAGAAGGGAAAAACAAAAUUGGUCUGAAUCGAUUGCUCAGUAAUGGCUCCUAUGAAGCUGCAUUUCCUCUUCAUGAGGGAAGUUACAGAAGUAAGAAUUCAAUAAGAACACAUGGGGCAGAAAACCACAGACACCUGCUCUACGAGUGCUGGGCUUCCUGGGGAGUGUGGUAUAAAUACCAACCGCUGGACCUCGUGAGGCGGUACUUUGGUGAGAAAAUUGGGCUGUACUUUGCCUGGUUAGGCUGGUACACGGGGAUGCUCUUCCCAGCUGCCUUCAUUGGAUUGUUCGUCUUUUUGUAUGGAGUCACCACGUUGAACCACUGCCAAGUCAGUAAAGAAGUCUGCCAAGCUACAGAUAUCAUCAUGUGUCCUAUAUGUGACAAAUACUGUCCCUUCAUGAGGCUGUCAGACAGCUGCGUUUAUGCCAAGGUAACCCACCUUUUUGACAAUGGAGCUACUGUCUUUUUUGCUGUUUUCAUGGCAGUGUGGGCAACUGUUUUUCUGGAGUUUUGGAAAAGAAGGCGAGCAGUAAUUGCUUAUGACUGGGACUUGAUAGACUGGGAAGAAGAAGAGGAGGAAAUACGUCCGCAGUUUGAAGCCAAGUACUCCAAGAAAGAACGAAUGAACCCCAUAUCCGGGAAGCCAGAGCCUUAUCAAGCAUUUGCAGAUAAAUGCAGCAGACUCAUUGUUUCUGCAUCUGGAAUAUUUUUUAUGAUCUGUGUGGUGAUUGCUGCUGUGUUUGGCAUUGUUAUUUACCGUGUUGUGACUGUCAGCACUUUCGCUGCCUUUAAGUGGGCUUUAAUCAGGAAUAACUCUCAGGUUGCAACUACAGGGACUGCAGUGUGCAUCAACUUUUGCAUCAUCAUGCUACUGAACGUGCUGUAUGAAAAGGUUGCUCUUUUCCUGACAAAUUUAGAGCAGCCUCGUACCGAAUCUGAGUGGGAGAACAGCUUCACUCUGAAAAUGUUUCUUUUUCAGUUUGUCAAUCUGAACAGCUCUACCUUUUAUAUAGCAUUCUUCCUUGGAAGAUUUACAGGACACCCUGGUGCCUACUUAAGGCUGAUAAACCGGUGGAGGCUGGAAGAGUGCCACCCAAGUGGAUGCCUUAUUGAUCUCUGUAUGCAAAUGGGUAUUAUAAUGGUGUUAAAGCAGACCUGGAAUAAUUUCAUGGAACUGGGCUACCCGCUAAUUCAAAACUGGUGGACCAGGAGAAAACUACGACAGGAGUAUGGCACACAGAGAAAAACAAGCUUCCCACAGUGGGAAAAGGACUACAAUCUGCAACCUAUGAAUGCUUAUGGGCUCUUUGAUGAAUACCUAGAAAUGAUUCUGCAGUUUGGGUUCACAACCAUUUUUGUGGCAGCUUUUCCACUGGCACCGCUUCUGGCCUUACUUAACAAUAUUAUUGAAAUUCGGCUUGAUGCGUACAAAUUUGUUACCCAGUGGAGAAGACCUUUAGCUUCAAGAGCCAAAGAUAUAGGAAUCUGGUACGGGAUCCUGGAAGGCAUUGGAAUUCUUUCUGUUAUCACAAAUGCAUUUGUUAUAGCUGUGACAUCGGAUUUCAUCCCUCGCCUUGUUUAUGCUUACAAAUAUGGACCGUGUGCUGGCCAAGGAGAAGCUGGACAAAAGUGUAUGGUUGGCUAUGUUAAUGCCAGUUUAUCAGUAUUUCUGGUGUCUGACUUUGAAAACCGUUCAGAGCCAACAUCAAAUGGAAGUGAAUUCUCUGGUUCACCAUUAAAAUAUUGCAGGUACAGGGACUACCGAGACCCUCCUCACUCCCCAGUGCCCUACGGUUACACGCUGCAGUUCUGGCAUGUCUUAGCAGCGCGGUUGGCUUUCAUUAUUGUAUUUGAGCACCUUGUCUUUUGCAUAAAGCACCUGAUUUCCUACUUAAUCCCAGAUCUCCCAAAAGAUCUGAGAGAUCGGAUGAGGAGAGAAAAGUACCUGAUUCAGGAAAUGAUGUAUGAAGCUGAACUAGAACGUCUGCAGAAAGAACGGAAGGAAAGGAAGAAGAACGGAAAAUCUUAUCACAAUGAGUGGCCAUGA